GCCAGCUGGCGAUAACCUGUGUAUAAACAGUUGGCAGAAAAACAAGAAAACAGAAGUCGGCCGACAGAAUGUGGCUAAAAAGAAAGCAAUUUGUAUGAGUAACGAAAGCGCGGCGCCAACGAGUCACAAUAAUUGUACGAGGGGCAUAUAAAACGCAAGCAGAUAGCGAGCGGGCGGCGGGGAGAGCUGCACAAUUCCCAAACAUAUGGACGCAGUACGCCAACUCCAAAAGAUAACGAACGAAAUAUACAGAUACCAGGCUACUCGAUUCCGGCUUCGACUCCCGCCGCGAUAAAAUAAUGGUGGCCGCGAAGUACGAGCGUAUUUCUUCCAACGCCACGGGCAACGCCAGCGAGGCCGAGGAAGAGGAGAUAGAACUAGAACUGGAUCUGGGCCAGAAGAAUCGCAACGCCGCGCAGCAGAAUGGCAAAGACAGUCGACCCCGUCAGACGAAUUUUAACUACGUCACCAGUAGCAGAGCGGCGCAGAACGGCGGUUCCGGCAACAGCGGCGACUCCACGGCCACGUUGCCACAGGAAAAAAUGGCCGAGUCGCAGUUCAUGCAGAUGGCCAUUGGCACCCUGGUCAUAAUCCUUCUGUACCUGACUCUGUCCAUCACGUUGACCUUCUACCAAACGGACAUCAACCGGGCGAUGCCCUUCCCGCUGGCCAUUGUGUCGUACCAUCUGAUCGUGAAAUUCCUAUUGGCGGCCACCAUCCGCAGGAUAUACAAGCUGAGAGUCGGGCGGUCUCGGGUGCAACUCGACUGGCGGGUGGCCCUCAGGAAGAUGGCGCCCACCGGCGUGGCCAGCGCCAUCGACAUUGGCUUCUCCAACUGGGGACUAGCCCUGGUGCCGAUCUCCCUCUACACGAUGACCAAGUCCUCGACCAUUGUCUUCAUCCUGCUGUUUGCCAUUGCUCUGGGGCUGGAGAAGAAGAGCUGGUAUCUGGUGUCGAUCGUGGGCCUGAUUGGCACCGGCCUGGUCAUGUUCACCUACAAGUCCACCCAGUUCAAUGCCCUGGGCUUCUUCUUCAUUCUCUUCGCCUCGCUGAGCAGCGGCCUGCGCUGGAGCUUCGCCCAGUUCAUAAUGCAGAAGUCCAAGCUGGGCCUCCACAAUCCCAUCGACAUGAUCUACUACAUGCAGCCCUGGAUGAUUGCCUCCCUGGUGCCUCUAGUUUGUGCCAUAGAAGGCCCCAGACUUCUGCUGGUGAUGGAGGAUCUGCACAAUCAUACCUUGGCCGAGAUCUCCUGGGCGUGGGGGCGAAUCAGCGUGGGCGCUCUACUCGCCUUCCUCAUGGAGUUUGCCGAGUUCCUGGUGCUCUGCAAGACCUCCAGCCUGACCCUGUCGAUAGCCGGCAUCUUCAAGGACAUAUGUCAGCUGGCCUUGGCCGUGACCUUCAAAAAGGACCAGCUCAGCCUGAUCAACGUCAUCGGUCUGGUGGUGUGCCUGGCGGGAAUAGUGUGCCACCUGCUGCACAAGUACUCCACCAUGCAGGACUCCCAGAAGCAGCAGCAGGCGGACUUCGACAACGACAAUGAGGACUCUUCGGGCGAGUACACGUUCAACGAGGGAGGCGGUGCUGGCAGCAGUGCGGGUGGGGGUGUGCACGUGAGGUCGCACUCCACGCUGACGGUGCCGUUGCUGGAGCAGACCGACUCCGAGGACGAGUCGGGCAACGAUCCUGGCAACAAACAGAACGCCUCCGAUGUGAUCUUCGACGUGCUGAAGCGGCGCGACAUGCAGCGAUGAAACUGCAGUGAACCGACUGUCCAGGACUCUGUCCAGGACAUUGUCCUGUAAAUGUUGUAAAUGUCUACUUGCCCCCUUCACCCCUCUGAUGAUUCCCUACGCAUUUGCUAGGCUAGACACUGUAACUAUAUUUGAGACGUAAGCGAUUCAAAGAUAGAAUCAGAAGGUAGAUAUGGACACUUCAAAGUGAUUAUUACAGAUCCUGAUGACUUUUAAGAAAUCAAAGAAUUUUUUAAGCCAUUCUUUCCAACUGUCCAAAGUUAACUACUUAGCCUUACUCCCUUUUUUUGUCCUCUUAAGUAACAACUUUGUAAAAAUAGCACUUAAGCAGCUUAGUGUCCCCCUGGAUUGUACCUCAAUUGCUCUAAUUUUUCAUUCCAAUCAUGCUGAUCCUCAAAAGCAAUUCCAAAUUGAAAACUUCUCGGAAAAAGACUUCAAAAGCGUCUGACGAACUGGAAACAGGCCAUUUAUUUUUUUGUAGAACACUAAAAACUUGUCCUUAAUGCUUUUAGUUAAUAGUGCUCCUUUGUUGUUGAGUUUUGACAUAUGGUAUCGAUAAGUUGAUAGGAUAAUUCCAAUUAUAUAUUAAAUACACAGUAUAUAAACUUA